GGUCCACCGAGGCGGUGCUGUACCUGACCGAGCGGCGGGAGCCAGGGUUCAGAGAUGGGCAGUGAGAAGGAGCAGAGUCCAGAGCAGCACCUGCCCGAGGAAGGGGAGCGGGGGAAGCCUUGGAGAGUGGAUGACUCCGAGGGCCUUCGGAUCCCAGAUGGGGAGAAAGAGCACGGGCAGGAGAGCCUGUCAGAGGGGCCACAGGGGAUCCAACCAAAAAAGCAGAAAGUCACUGUCCCCGCUGGAGAGCCGGGGGACCCCAUUGCACAUCCAAGGCCCGAGGCUGACGAGAAGCCCUUUAUAUGUGCCCAGUGUGGGAAAACCUUCAAUAAUACCUCCAACCUGAGAACACACCAGCGGAUCCACACCGGCGAGAAACCUUACAAGUGUUCUGAAUGUGGCAAGAGCUUCUCGAGAAGCUCCAACCGCAUCCGCCAUGAGCGGAUCCACCUGGAAGAGAAGCACUACAAGUGUCCCAAGUGUCAGGAGAGCUUCCGGCGGCACUCGGAUCUCACCACGCACCAGCAAGAUCACCUGGGCAAGCGGCCAUACCGCUGUGACAUCUGUGACAAGAGCUUCAGCCAGAGCGCCACGCUGGCUGUGCAUCACCGGACCCACCUCGAGCCAGCGCCUUACAUCUGCUGUGAGUGCGGGAAGAGCUUCAGCAACAGCUCCAGCUUUGGCGUGCACCAUCGCACCCACACAGGCGAGAGGCCUUAUGAGUGUGCUGAAUGUGGGCGGACCUUCAGCGAUAUCUCCAACUUUGGAGCACACCAGAGGACCCACAGAGGGGAGAAGCCCUACCGGUGCACUCUGUGUGGAAAACAUUUCUCCCGGAGCUCAAAUCUCAUCCGCCACCAGAAAACGCACAUGGGAGAGCAGGCAGGGAAAGAUUCCAGCUGAAGGAGAGACCCAGGGAGAGAGUGAGGGAGACAGAAUGGGAGACCCCAACCUAGUGUAUGAGGAUCUUUAGGAUCUGCUGCUGCCCCUUUGAUCUCAAGCCCUUCAUCCCACUUUGGAGAAUGGUUUCCUGUUGCCUCCGAAACCAGUAUCUUCAGGAAGUCCUGAGAAGGGACUCUGAGUAAAAAUCCUUGCCUCUUUCCAGGCCAAAAUCUUGCAUUGGAAAGUCAGAGGACCGAGUCUUGUCUUCAUCUCCUGGGGAUGAUGGAGAAAUAGGGUAGGCUUAGUACAUGCUCAUGUCAUUAGGACAACCGUCCCCUGGCGUUUGAGGAAGCAUCUGUGAGAUGGGCAUCACUGUCUGAAGGCACUCCAAAUUGUAUAUGAACUGCUUAGGGCACACUUUAGUGGCCUGCUAGUUCCCACUGCUCUGCCCUACCUGGGCUGGGAGGAGCAACCUUCCCAAGGGAGGGGGCCUCUUUGGCCUGGAGAACAGGUCUGAGGUCCUGCCUUAGGAGUGAAAGAGAAGCCCUCAGGGAGCCAUGAUCCAGGGACCUUCACACUCCCCCAUGUUUGUGACUUGUUACCCCCACCCCAACCUGCAUCUGUUCCCCAAGUGAUUAGCAGUAAAACCUUUCAAGGAAAAGUACCUGUGCACUUAUUUGGGGCCACCAAAGCACUGGGGAGCUGGAGAGAUGGUCACACUGUGGCCACUCUGGAAGGGAGUAGAAUUCCAAGAAAGAAAGAAGGGGUGGCUGCUCUGAAAAGCAAGGAAAGCAGGCUGAGUCUGGGGCCUUUGAGGAGGAAGGGGAAAGGAAAGGAAGUAACAUUAAUUGAGCAUCCACUAUAAGCCAUAGAUUGUGCAGGUCACAUUUACAUUCUUUAUCUCACUUUGUUGGCACAGCAACCCUCAAGGGAAUAAGAUGAAGCAAUUGAGGAAGGGUGAAGUCACUUGCCAUGAAGUCACACAGCAGAUUAUCCUGGAAACUCCAGGUUGUUUUAACUAUUGUAAAAAGUGGUUUAAGAUGUCAUCAUCAUGGUGGCACAGAGGAUCCCUUUGUCUCUCCCCUUCAACCAAAGUGAGUAAAACAUCCAUAACCCAACAAAGGCUACGUUUCUCAACAUACCAAGACACUGGAGAGAUCCACACGUUGGUACAUAUGAAGGCAACCAGGAGCACCAGGAUUAUGAUGACAGCUAGAAGUAUGAGAAAGAGACAAGAUAAACAGAAUAAGCGACUCCGGACAACAGCAAAUUGUAAUGGCACAGUAGAAUAUUUAAAAAUUCUGAUUCUAUCCUCAGGAAGAUGUGGGAAGAGGGCCACCAGAGGGAGUGGUUUCUGUCUCAUCUGAUUUGGAGUACUGAUGGGGAGCCAAAAUACUUCAGAUGCCACUGAGCACAACAUACUGUUCGAUGCUGCUGUGUCAGGUGGCUUGGUGCCGUGGCACCAGAGAACCUGCAGUACCACGGACAGACACCAGAGGGAGCAAGAGAUUAUGGAAAGAGAAAACACCUGAAAAAGAAACCAGCAAACCUCUCUGAUUGGGAAAUAGCUACACAAGCUCAGAGAAGUUGUAUCCACCAAAAAGUUUUCACAGGUCCUCAGAAUCUCUAGCUAGGCUGAUUAUUAAGGGUCUUCCCUUGCCUGAAGCCAGUCCAUAAGAAAAUCAGGAUAAUGAUGCAUGAACAAAAUGAGAAUAUCAACAAAGAGACAGAAACUAUAAAAAAGAAGCAAGCAGGAAUUCUGAAAUUGAAGAAUACACUAACUGAAACUGAAAAAUCCAUCAGAGGGGUUCAACAUCACACUUCAUCAAACAGAAGAAAGAAUCAGCAAACUUGAAGACAGGCCAUUUGACAUUACCGAGUCAGAGGAACAGAAGCCAUAAAGAAUGAAGAAAAAUGAAGAAAGCCCUAAGGGACUUAUAGGAUACUAUAAAGCAGGCCAAUAUAUACAUUAUGGGAGUUCCAGAAGAAGAAAGGAGAGAAAAAGGGGCAGAGUGCUUAUUUGAAGAAAUAAUGGCCAAAAAACUCCCAAAACUAAGGAAGGAAAUGGACAUCCAAAUUCAAGAUGGUCGAAGGACUCCAAGUACGAUGAAUCCAAAGAGGCCUCAUCAAGACACAUUAUAAUCAAACUGUCAAAAGUCAAAGACAAAGAGAGAAUCUUGGAAGCAACUGGCUACAUACAAGGGAGCACCCAUAGAAUUAUCAAUGUAUUCUCAGCAGAAACCCCACAGGUCAGAAGUGAGUGGGAUGAUAUAUUCAAGGCACUGCAAGGAAAAACCUGCCAACCAAUAAUACUCUACCUGCAAAAACCAUCUUUCAAAAUGAAGGAGAAAUAAGGACUUUCCCAGAAAAACAAAAGCUGAGGAAAUUCAUCAGCACUAGGUAUGUCUUACAAGAAAUCUCAAAGGGAGUCCACAAGUUGAAACAGAAGGAUUCUAGACAGAAACAUGAAAGCAUAGGAAAAUAUACAGCUGUUGGUAAAGGUAAAAAUAUAAAGAAAUAGAGAAUAUUGUAAUAUUGUAACGGUGUUCCAAAAAGCACUUUUAAUUAUAGUAUAGGAUUUAAAAGAUAAAUGAGUAAAAAUAACUCUAACUAUAAAACUAUGUUAAUGAACACAAUUUGUAUAAAGAUGUAGUUUAUGACAUCAGUAACAUAAAAUGGAAGGUGGGGAGAUGCAAAAGAGUUGGGGUUUUGUAUAUGAUUGAAGUUGUUAUCAGCUUAAAAUAGAUUAUUAUAACUAGAAGAUGUUUUGUGUAAGCCCUAUAGUAACCACACACACACACACAAAAUACCUAUAGAAGAUACACACAAAAAAAAUGAA